UGUAUGGACUCUGGACAGAUUACGCGCAUGCGCACACGCCCUGGUCAUGUUGACUCGCUAAAACAGAAGUCAACAUGUCCACCGCUGCUGCUCAACAAAACAAUAACGAAGAGCCCGGACUUCACGGUUCUUGGGUGGAGUUAGAGUUGAAUGGAAAUGCAGGAGCGCAGGGCGUGCACACAAGCUUGCAAAUAUCAGCUACUGCAGACCAAAUAAAUGCAAACACCGGCACGAGUCAAACCUUAGAAGUGGUGCCUGAGAUGGAUGAAACCUUAAUCGGAGGACUAGAACAUGUGCCGUCAUCCUCCUCCAUUCAUAAUGGCGACAUGGAGAGGAUCCUCCUGGACGCUCAGCACGAAUCCAGUCCAAGCAAUUCUUCAUGUGAUAGUCCUCACAGGCCACAGAGUCCCAACCAGAAUGAUGAGGGUCAAAUCACUUUUGAUGUGGACAUGUCAAGUCUGAGAGAUGGUCAGUCAGAAGAAGAAGGCACAGACAAAGACAGAGAGGAUGAUAUCCUUAUGAACAAAGAAGUCGACUGGGUUGCUGAUUGGUCCAGCAGACCAGAAAACAUUCCACCCAAGGAAUUCCAUUUCAGGCACCCCCGACGCGCAGUAUCCCUUAGUAUGAGAAAAAGUGGAGUUAUGAAGAAAGGCGGCGUAUUCUCUUCUGAAUUCCUCAAAGUUUUCAUCCCGUCGCUUCUCAUUUCACACAUCCUCGCCCUCGGAAUCGGGGUGUACAUUGGGAAAAGAAUCGCCACAGCCUCUGCCAGCUCUUACUGAGUAGAGAAUGAGUGGUGCCUGGGUGUCCUCCUGUCUUUCAAGCAGCCUAUUAUUACAUGUUUCUCUGCAGUCAGCGUGCACCCACAUUUACCCUCCUGAUCCAUGUUAGAUUGUGUCACAUUGUAAGUGUAUGUAUGCACACAUGUUGUAAUGUGGUCACUCCUCAUCUUGACCCAAGUAAGUUGACUUGUAACCACUCGAUAACAACUCUUGUUCAAGAUGAAAACUCUUAAGUCAUCAUGUUUCGGUACCAAUACAAAUGUGACAAGGAUUUGGCCUCUGUAGGGGCGGCAUGGCUUAGUGGUAGAGCGGUCGUUUCCCAACAUAGAUGUCGGUGGUUUGAACCCUGGCAUUUGCAACCAUGUCAAAGUGUCCUUGAACAAGAGAGUGAACCCCAGUUGCUCCUGAUACUGCGUCAUCAGUAGGUGAAUGUGGUAACAGUGUAAAGUGCUUUGAGUACCCGAGGUAGAAAAGUGCUAUAUGAGAGACAGCCUAGUUACCAUCCAGUGGGGUUUUGGUUUGGGGAUGUAUCGUCAAAAUUACACUCCUUAUUUUUUAUCGGUUUUUCACCAGACAAUCUGGCCCUGAAGCUGAGUCGCCUUACUACUCUUUAAUUCACCAGGGUUAUGAACCAAAAAAUAUGCGCCAUAUCCGAAAUACUAAAA